CGGAUUUAAAUGUUAAAUGUCUACAAUUGGAUGUCAUCGAAGGUAAUUUUUUAAUGUGGAAAACUAAUAUAUUCAGAAGCUUUACUAGAAGUAUAAAAGAUGUUGAUUAUACAACGUUGAAAAUUCGACGCUCUAUAGUUCGCGUUAUUCGAAAGUUACCAAGAGAGAUUCCACAAGGAUAAGGAAGAAGUCGCUGAUAACAUGUCGGAAAAAGAAUCUAUUUUUUCUAUGCGACGUUUACGGUUUCCAUUACGAAACUUAUCUAUUAAUGCCGUACAGAUUGUUAGACUUUGAGAGCUGUAGCAGUUGUGAGAUUUGAAAAACGUUGAAAAAUAUACAAAUCCUCGUUUUCUUUGCGUACAGCGUGGCUCUAAACUUUGUUUAGACUCUUUGAAUGAUGCACCGUUUGAAAGAGUGGAAAAAUCUAAACAAAACUUGAUGUUUCUCAGUUUUUCGAGAGGAAGUUUUAUGCGACAGAAAAGUUUAAUACAGGAAAAUUUCGAAUAUUAGAAUUUUUCUGGUAAAAUAAAUAUCUCGUUUUUCCAAAUCUGUUUGAACUUGUAAGACUAGGAUCAAUGUGUGAAACGAACGCUUGUGUACAAAAUACACUAUAGAAUACUGAUAUCUAACCAAAUUUCAACCAAAUUGAAAGAUUGAGUUUUGCUGUUAAAAUAUUUGAGACUGCACCAAUAGAAAUUUUGCAUUUAUUGCCAAGUUUACGAUAAAAGUAAUGAUUAGAGUCGUGAAUCAAGCCGAGUGAUUCGUUUAAAGUGAGUUCAUAUCUACGCACCAUUUUGUAGCAAAACAAUCAUUAAGAAUACAAUUACUUCAUACACCUACAAAAGUUAUUGUAUUCUUAAUAUCAAAAUCGUUGCCCAGUCUUUAGAAAUAGAAUUAUUAAACUCCAUCAGAUAUUGAUACUCGCUUGCUUUACUGAUCUGAGAGAAGAGGCACAGAGAGUUUCUUUGUCUCGAACAACUGUUCUCCUGCAGGUGAUAUAUUAACUCUCAUUGAAUUGCAUUUUGUUUAUUCCAUUUCUUUCUUUCGUUAAUAUAUCCCAUGUCUGUUCACCUUAGACAGGUUACGUUCAAUACUGAAAAAAGCCUUCACUGUUCAGAAUAGAGAGAUGUUCACUUUAGAGAAGUGUAUAUUUGGAGCAGAAAACGGUCUGUUAGACUCUAGACUGUUCGCAAUGAAUAAAGUGGUCACUUUAGAAAAAUUUUAAAGUAUUUGAUUUUCACAAAUUCUUUUCAGAAUUUAUGGGUUAGUUUAAAUUGUGACCUGAGUUUACUUUUCAACAUGUUUGCUAUUUGUUUUAGGAAUUAAUUAUGAACAAAUAACAGACUCGUGUUUUAAUUUAUCUAAAUUCACAUUUAUGAUAUCUGGAUCCUGUCAAUCGGUUUCAAACAAGAAUAAUUGUUCUUCCUAUCGAUAUACAGCGGAAUUAAUCCCAUUGAUACAUUCCUUUACAAAUUUAAAAGAAUUAAGGUUAAAUAUAUCAGGUAAUAACAGCAAUGAUAUUGAUCUAUUAAAUGGCCAUUAUCUAAAACAAAGAAUCUUAAUUAAUGAUUUUAAAUUUCAUAUUUGCUUAACUAAUAACGAUCUUGAUAGGUGUACAAAUAGUAUUUUAUCAACAUGGGAUUCAUUUUCAGUUGGUUUAGAACUCAGUAAGAUAUUAUUUAUUUUCAUUACCAUAUCAAUUUGAACGAUUGUCACUAUCUUCAAACUUUUUACAAUAUAAAACUAAUAGUGACAAUAAAAAUUUAAUUGAAACUUGGAAAAAUGUAAACCAUAUUGUUUUUGAUCCUGAUCUUUCAUCGUAUUCAUCAGAUAUAUUUAGUUAUAUUAGAAAUUUCUUUAUUAAUGUUAAUGAAAUAACAAUUCAUCGUGUAUUUUUAUUAGAUAAUUUUGAUUUAAAUAAUAAUCGAUAUAAAGAACAAAUAUGUGAGCGUAUUGAAAUAUUAAAUAUACAUUAUAUAAAAAAUAAUUUAUUAUGUAAAUAUGUAAUAUUAUUAAUGCCAAAUAUUAAAGAAUUAAAAUUACCAAAUUAUAAAAACCUAUUAGAAAUAACAAAUAGUUUUCAUGGUAUGGAUUUAUUUCAAAUAUUUAAAAAAAUUAAAAUUUUAGAAUUUCUUUUUGAUAGUAAUGAAAUAGUCGUUAAACCAAAAGAAUUUUAUGAUUAUUUAUUAGAAAUAAAAAAUUUGUAG